UCGAUCGACUUCCAUUUGUCUCCGAGCAUUCCGACGACUAACGUCCUAAACAUACUAUCACGCGUUGCCACCGGUGCAAAGCCGAAUAUCUCGCGAAGAUGCGCGUCGAUCGCUUCCAUUUGACCUGAUCGAGUUACGUGUACGGUCAAUACACUCGUUACAAACUUACUUCGAUUUCUUCUCAGUGAUUUUCGAGGAACCUUUUUCGUUUUGAACUUGCGGACGUGCAAAACGUAAUCAACAAAUGGAUUGAUUCGAUAGUUCGAUAGUUGAAUGUUCUCUUGCUAUACGUUUGAUACAGAGUAAAACGUGAUCCUUGUGAUUGAUUCUGAUAAUUUGUGUACGCUGAAAGCGAGGGCAUCUUUGAGCGUGUAGGAGGAACCACGACAAGACAGGUGGACUGAAAUGAUACAUUGGAUCGGGUUUGUCUAAGAAGUUGCAAGAAUGGUACGAAGAUUUUCGUGGUGCACGGUGGUGACAUUGGUGGUGCUGCUUUUCGUCACAACCGAUGGUCUUCGUGAGCAUAGUACUCAGAUCGAUGAUCAUAAGGCUACGAAUCGUGGCACUUUGAGAUUCAAUUCCAAAUCACUGGAGGAAGCAACCACAGUAUCAUCUUCGCCGCUAUCGAGAUCCAAAACGAAGUGGGACAGAUCAGCGCAAUCGGAAACGCUCUCGAAUUUCGAAAGAACGAUCCAAGCUUCUGUGAUCAAUUCAGAACCAAAGUUCGACACGAGCGAACAUUCGACCGUUAGAACGAUCAGAACGACCGAAAGGGGAAGUGUUUUAACAGCAACAGAUGUCACAAGCGAGUCGAGAAGAACUUCAGGCAAAAGGUUCGAGGAAACUAAAAGGGUGGAGCCAACGAUUAACAGACGAGACGGCAAAAGAUUUUUUUCUGAAAGCAACAAAGGAACAAAGUUAAAAAAUGAUGAACAAAAAUCCGAAACACCCAAAGGGAUUUCUCGAAGAACGUCUAAUGGAAGAGCGAAUAAUUCAACUGUCACUGAGAGAUUGGACAACAAAGGACCAUCCGUGUUCCUGGCAACCACGGAGUCUUCGAGGUCUAGAACCGGAAGAAAGAUUCAAACGACUUAUUCGAUGAAAGAUCUAAAGACACAAAUCCCUACGUCUAGAAGGUAUAACAGUAAGAAAUUUAGAGACGUUGAAACCACUACAGCUUCGUUUAGAAGAGAAAGUAGAGGUAGAUCGACUACAGAGAAGAUUGAAAGGAGUACCAGAUCUGGUAGAUCGAAGGUGAACAAUGCGGAGAAUAAUUCUAUUGCUCGAAGAGGUCCAGAUCCUCUUUUAUCAGAAUCCGAAAGUGUAAGAGUCGAUAUUCCCCUCACUGUAGAUGAAACAGGAAAUCCAGCUUCGGAUGUAACCACUGGAUUUGAUGUAGCUUCUCAGAGAAGAUCGGACGCUAAGGAGUCAUCCAGAUCCAGUCGGACAGGAUUCGAAAGAUCGAAAAGUCGUGGACGGUCGAACGACUCCGAGGCUUCUGGAUCAUCCAGAUCUGCUUCUCCAAGAGGAUCUUCAAAGUUCAGCGAUUCUACGACGACAGAAGCUAACGAACAGAUUGUUAGUUCGAGAAGGAAUACGGUUUCCAGAGAUCGUUCCAGAGGUUCCGAGAUCAAGAAGAAUUCUGUGAACGAGUCUAGAUCAAGGUCUAGAGGUAGAAAUGUGGAAAAUAAUACGAAACCUAUUUCGGGAGGUGCUUCAGAGAGGAAUGUGAAGCGGAAGGUGGCUGGAGAAAGAAACUCUUCGGAUAGGAGACCGAGAAUUCCCGAUGUUACUCCAAGAGCUAUCGACAGUCGUAGACAGGAUACUCAGGAUGUGCGUGGAAGAUCGAGAAGCAAGUCGAGAUCGGAUGUUACCACACCUAUUACUAUGGAUGUUACCACAACUGUUGCGCCAGAUACAACAGUUUUUACCGACGUAACAGCCACCGAUUCUGAGAUAACAAGUACGACCAUAAGAUCAGCGACUCCUCCAAGUCCAAGAGCAACAUCAAGACCAUUAUCGACUUCUGCUUCAACCCUCGAAGCAUCAGGACGAGGUAGAGGAAGAGGCAGAAGCGGAAAUCACGGUAGGAAACAGAAAGAGGAUUUCUUCAAUCACGGACUAGGGUUCAGAGGUCGAAAACCCUCGCCUGAAGGAUCUGCAAACGUGACAGAGUCUAGAAAAACCGUUUCGUGGAAAAACGAUUCCCAGUCGCAUGGAAAUCCAGGCUGGACGCUCAGGAGGCGACCAGCUCAUUUUAAUUCUGAAAAUAUUUCGAAGACGAUCGUGUCUUCGCCAAGGGAUCAGACGAACGAAGUGGUACCAUCCAACGAACAAUCGACCAGCACCGAAGCUAUAACGACUAUCGAAAGUUCCACGUUUGGCACGAAAAGAGGCCUCAAGAAGCUGCAAACGACGGACGAGAGUUCCACUGUGGUUGAAACCACGACCAAGAGCUACAGAAGAGGCAACAAAACCUUUGGAAAUGGCAAGGUGAUUGCGGCGCUUGAAGAAAGUGAUAAUUACCCGCCUGAGUUUAAGGCGAGGUUAACUCAGUUGAAGAAUACCAACACGAAAAUACCAGCCUCAAAAACCACCUCUAGAACGCCAUUGGAGGAACAAGAGAGGAAUAUCUAUGGUCGACGCUCGAGGAACAACUCGAUGGCGUUCGAGCCUGACGACCUCGAAACCGCAGCUUCAGCAAAUGUUUUGACGGAUGAAACUUUAGUCGUGAAUCCCUUAACGUUGAUAAAUGGCACAGGAUUGCGUCGCGUGAAAAAAUCGUCAGCCGCUCUGUUCGCUGAAAGAUCGAGGAUGAAACUGGAGCUGGCUAGGAGGUUAGUGAAGCCAGAGUUGAACAUCGAGGAGAAUGAUCUCGACGCAACCACGGCCUCCUCUUUCAGCAAACGGAAACCAACCGGCGUGCCGGUGGUCGAUGAGACGAGCAAGGUCGCCAAAUACUCUAAGCCCGCUGCCGCAGCACCGGGACGCAACAGGCCUUCCACUUCCGUAGAAAGCACUCAGGAAGAGGUCAGCGUGAAAACCUUGAAACUUCCUAGUUCGAGGAAAGCUCACGAUGAUUCUUCAAAGGUCACCGGCAGACCGUAUAGUUUAAAGAAGGGGCGGGUCAUUGCGGAGCGGAUGGUCACUUCGAUCUCGAUCGAAGAGAGAGCCAUUGCCGAGGAAACGACCAGACCGUACGCGCUAACCACGAACCCGUCCAUGAUCACAUCCGCUGAACAGGGAUCGGCGACAACCAUCGACUCGACGAGGGUUCGUUUAGCCAGUGAUCGUGGAGGAAAGAAGUCGAAGGAAGAAGAUUCGACGCCGACCAAGAACAUGAAGGUUUCGCUUUACUCCACUCAACGCGUCGAGACUAUCGAUCCCGUUACUACUAUCAAACCGAAGAAAUCCUAUAGCUAUCAAUCACGUAAUAAAUUACGAGAGCAGUCUGCAACGAUCGACCAAAGUUUCACGACGUCGACACCUAAGAAAUCCUACUCCUCCACACAGAGCAAAUCGCAAACGUCCCAGGAAGAGAACAUUACAAAAAAAUCGAAGUUUGCUACCAGCGCUACCAAGCCCAUUUUUAGACCUCGUUACAGCAAACGAACCAAUGAGAAAUCUUUCGAGAAGAAGACGACGGAUGAACAAGCAACCUUUACCACGAAACUACCCGUAGCUACCAGCAGAUAUUCGAAGAAAAAAUCUUCGGUAAAAUCUAUCGAUGAUAAAUCGGCGACAACGGAGGGGUUAUCUGCACAGACGAGAAAGAUCGAGUUUCGUCCUAGAACCGCGACCUAUCGAAGACAUUCAGAAAUUCCCACGACUUUAACCGAAUCCAGUACGAAGGUCGACGGUGUAGGAAUCGCCAUUACACCGAGGUCGACAAAAUACCACGCCACUUUAAAAACCUCCACGGUAUCUCCUCGAUCGGUAGCACAGGGACCACAGGUAAACUUGAAGAUCGCGAACGAGACGGCGCAAGAGACGCCAGGAAUUACCGGCAGCAGCAACGGCGAUAGCGGUAACUCGAAUGUCUUCAAUCCGACCAGAAGCACGUUUCUGAGCGGAAACAGUACACUGCUGGAGCAACUGAGAAGCACGGUGGCACCGCUGCUGAGUUCCCUUGGUAACAAGACGCCUGUGUUUUCCGGAUCUUACAGUAACGUUAACAACGUGAAUUCACCACCCAGAGUCACCCCCAGUGGACAACCACCCCGCUUUAGUGCGAGAUACAAAGGAGCGGAAUUAUUCGUUAGAAAACAAAAUAAUAUUUAUCAGCCCACCGUGCCAUCGAUUACUAGUUCGUCGACUACACCAAUUACACCCGUAGAGAACUCUGGUUCGGCCCCACCAAUCGAUGUCUCAAGUCCUGGCGAGCCGAGAUUCUUGACCCUUUAUCAGGCAUUGGAGUCGGCCAGCAUCAGGAACGAACAGUUACAGGGAAACGCGAUUGCACAGCUACAAAAACAACAAGCUGGUAGUGUUUCCCAGGUAGACUUUAACGCCACCGUUAACGAUAUCGGCGAUAACGCUAACAAUGACACCACAAGCCCCACUGUAGCAACUAUCAGCCCACAGACAUCAGACAUCACCGCGAACACUAUUCAGGACAGCACACAGACCCCGAGAUUACCCGAGGAUCCGGACAACUCCAUCCCCGCGGUUACCACAGGAGCCCCCGAAACCCCUUCAACGACCGAACCAGUUUUCACAAGCACAGAAUCGUCCUCUAGUACCGAGCAAGCCUCCACCAACACAGAAUCGCCCUCCAGUACCGAACAACUUUUCACCAGUACAGAAUCGGUUUCCAAUACCGAACGAGUUUCCAUCGGUAGAGAUUCAUCCUUCACUACGGAACAAACUUCCACCAACGUCGAUUCCAUGUCUGUCACUGAGUCAACUAGCACAGAGUCGUUUUUGCGGUCUACAGAUGCAACGACGAUGAACGUCGAAGGUGCGGAAGAUGUUCAGACUUCCAUGUCGGCAGAUAACAGUUCGACCAAUCAGGAACCCGUGAGUUCUACCACGGAUGCUUUUACGACUAUUAGUUCUACAUCCGAAGGUAGUAGUACCGAGUUCGAAGGUGAUACGAGUUCCACCACUGUUAGUACGACAACGCAGAGCACGACUGGCAAUAUCGAUAUUACGUCAAGAAUAGACCUUUUGCAGAAUACGAUAGAGACGACUACCUUUUCGACAACUGUCACCAACACAGCGACAACGUUUGAAAAUCCCGAGACUAAUACCAUACCGCUGUCUGAUACCACUGCUACUCAGACAGCCGAUAUUAGCUCGACUGAUGCUUUAACGACCGAAGCAGAUUCGAGUAAUAUGAUCGAUAUAGAGACAACUACGGCGAUACCCACGUCCACUAUUCGAACCAGGCUGAUAGAUCUCGCGCAAGAUAUCCUGUUUCGAUUGCAAGCAACUAUGUCUACGACCACGGUACCGAGUCAAGAUUCGACGACGAUGUUAUCUCCCACGACGGAAACAUCGAACGUGAUACGAGAUUCGAGUAGUAAUCGUAGUUUGGAGUCCCUGUCGCAAUUGAGGGAUGAAACGACGAUCAAUCAAGGAGAAUCGGGAACAACUACCCCGUCGUCGGUUACAACGGAGCAAUCGAGUUUAAGAACGAUCGAAGAAGUAAUUACCCAAAGCGCAGGUUCAAUUGCUGCUUCGUCACCCACAAUGGUAUUUACUCAGGAAGUCAACACGCAGGAUGAAAUAAAUGCAAUAACAACCACAACACCAGCAACAAUAACAUCUACAACAAUCACACAAGACUUUCAGACAGUAUCGAACACAGAUUCGACCACUGUAGGCGAUUCAAAUGAUUCUUCGACUUCCCCGUUAAGUGUUGAUGUAACUACUGUGUCGACGAUCACUUCCACCGAUGACACUUUACUAACAGAGUUAAUGUCCAUUGCCAAAACACUCUUUUCGGAUGAGAUAAACGAUAAUCAGGAAGAAAUAGCCGGACAAAAUUCAAACGUCACAUCUAGAUUAGAUAACUUAAUGGAAAACGAGAUAUACCGACCGUCGUCCAACGACGAACUUAGCACUACCCAAGUUGCAGAGACAUCGUCUUUUUCCUUAAAUACCAUGUCAGAAAAUGUAGAGUCUUCUACUAUUCCGGUUGAUCCCUCACAGAAUGAGGUAGACUUUACUACAACCGUAUCUUCUGAAAAUCUGACAGAUACACUGACAACAACGCCUCGAAGUAACAUGCCCGAUGACGAAGUAGAGAGCGUACAGACCGAAACCACACCAGUAGCGUUAGGACCCCUUGCCGAGAUCAUAGAAUCGACGACCCCCUUGUUUAAGACAGAAAUUGAGCCACGAGUCACUCUGUCGCUUAGCGGAUCGUUCGAUGCUGACAUUGGCCUCAAUACCACGACUCAGACACAGACAACCACCAGCACACAAAGUUCAGAAACGACAACCACAUUCGCCAUGAAUUUCGAGUUAACAACUGACACGUUCGAUUUGUUUUCGUCUAAUUUGAUCACGGCAACCAACCCUCAAAUAGUUUCCGAACAGGUUACAGAAAGUGUCACUGAACCUACAGGAGUCACCGUACCAUUAACCAGUCUCACAACCGUAACAUCACGGCUUAUGACAGACAUUGGCACUACUACUCAACCUGAAAUAACUACCGUAGCUCCCGAAACUACCUCUUCCUCUGUAAAUACGAUCACUAUGACACCAUCAAUAUCCUUCGAACAAACCACAUUGGCAUCUGCCGUAGAAUUGGUUGAACGUGUAAAUGAGGUAGAAGUGGAAACUAACCAAACAACAGAGUCCACGACUCAGUUGGCAUCUUUGAUCACCGAAAGCGCUGAUAACGAAACCCCCGAACCCACCCCGUCAUCGAUGACAACCACUUCGCAGCAGGAUUUUAACUCUAUUGACGAUAUGGGAGUCACUACUAACCAAUUCUCGCUAACAUCGACUACAAUUCCUGUCAUGGAAACCACUACUAAUGCACCCAGCGAAAACGUCCCCCAAACGACCCCAAAUCUUGAGAACAAAUCUCCAACUAUUGUUGCCCGUUUCCAGGAUACGACAUCAGCAACCGCCCAAGCGACGGCAGGUUCGGGAAUCGGCCAAACGACCGAGAUCACAACUCCUACGAUCCCAGAUACUUCAAUCGUCUCAUCAACGUCCUCAGAAUCUCCCACUUCAUCGUAUCCCGACGUUCCCCUCAUUACAACCACUUCAUCUUCGGUCGAAACGACGACGACGACGAUCACGACUGAGACAGCGACGUCGACGAGUACAGGACGCGUUCCUGACGGGGGGACAUCGACACCUCAAACGACGAGAAUGGACGUCGUCACCGUCACCCCUGUGACGGAAACUACUACGGUCAAUAUAGAAGAGAAUCUCGUGUCUACCGAAGUUGGAACAUCGACGACAUCUGCUUCGUCGGAAAGUACGACCACAAUGUCAGGAGGUAUUACGAACGACUCCACGAAUACAACUUCUGCUUCUACGGAAGCAACAACCGUGUCCAUGCAAGCUACCCCUGGAACGACCGUGCCGACAGCUACUAGCCUUCCACCUAGGCCAGCUUCUCAGAGUUCCACGACGCCUUAUUUAGGUCGCUUCGGCGGCAGCAGAUUGACACCUGCCCCACGUUUCAGCCUAAGCUCGACUACCAGAGCUCCUCUACGAGACUACCUAGUGUAUGGAAUCUACCCGAACAAAACGAUCGUGAGAAAGCGGCCAGAGGACAACCUGAUCGAUGCUAGAAACGUGGACAGCCCGUACGUGAUAUUCGGUAUCUUCCCGGACGGCAGGCUGGUUCGAAAAUACCCGAAUGGAACGAUAAUACCGGAUCCACCUAGGAACCCGGUCGAGGUUGUGUUCUCACUUAGCACUUCCACUACCACUAACAGGCCACCACCCAGACCGUAUUAUAACCAGGCUAACCAAGGCACUUACAAUCAAUAUCGAGGCCCGGUGUACAAUAGUAACGAUAGACCUGUCGCUGAACCAAUGAGAAACGUCCAAAGUCCCAGCAUCGUUGAUCUUGGCCUUACUGGUAACGCGAUCGUCGGCCCCAAUGGAGGUGGACCCGAUAAUACGGGACCACUUGGUACCCCUGCUAGUGUCCCGAGCACCAACGAAAUGAGCAAUGCCCUGCUGAAUACGCAAAUGAGGACAGCGUCGGUGACGCCGAUAGUAAGUACCGGUCGACCGCCGACCGAUUCGCAGGGCGGUCGUAUCGUCCAGGAUCGAGAGAGGGACGAGGCCACCAGGACGAAGGAGGCCGGAGGUCAACGCAGCUCCGUGUACAUUGGACAGGACAAGUUCGUCAAUUAUUGGACCGAUGGGGCUUCCACCUCUAACCCGCGCGUUCUCAGUGUGAAUAUAAAUUCAGUAGCUACUGCUGCAAACGAAGGACCAUCACCUUCUGUACCAUCGUUUGAGAAUCUCCUGAACAAUCAAGCAGGGGGUCAAGUCACAGCUCCGCCUGGAUUCCCAUGGAGGGAUCCUUUGGACCAAAUUUUUGGUAUUACUACCUCCUCGCCGAUAAUAACAGCUUCAGUGACAUCAAACAGACUGGACGAUUUGUCAGAACCAAAUGGCCCAGCCUUAGCUCGUCCGAUCAAUCCAUUUGUCGAAGUUUUUACUCCAUUUUCUAAUACGAUUGGAGUUCCAAGAGGUAACAUAGGAUCCAUUCCUCCUCCACCACCACCAACAACGCCUGUUGCACUUACAACUACACCUACAACUCCUGCACCUACUAUUACUACUACCACUAUUACUACAAUGGCACCAACGACAACUACUACUACCACUACAGUAGCACCAACAACUACUACUACGAUGGCACCAACAGCAACUACUACUACGAUGGCACCAACAACAACUAGUACUACGAUGGCACCAACAACGACUACUACUACGAUGGCACCAACAACUACAACUAUAAGGGCGCCGACUGUCACUACAACUACCACUACAAGUAUAACAAUGACCCCAACAACAGUGGCUGCAAUGACGCCAACAACUACCACGAUGACAACACCUAUCAUCACUUCAGAGCCUCCGACAAUUGCUCAAAGGGUGAUGAUUGCGUCACAGGCAGGAGCUACUUCUGAAACAACAACUUCUUCUCAAAUAAAUUCACUUAAUUUAUCAAAAAAUUUGUUGAAUACGCGACAGCAAAAUGCUUUCGGUACUACAUUCGAUGAUUUGGCCUUCCUGAAUUCGUUGUUACAGAGUAAUUCACGGAGUACCAGUCAGAAGACAUUGACACAAGUGGAGCAACUCUUGGCAAAUAAGAUUUUGGAACUGGCACUGAAAAAUCCGGGACCGACUCGAUCACCAAAAGCUAUCAGUAUCGAAAAUGCUUCGCCAAAUUCGAUUUACAAGUCAGCAAAGACAUCUCUUUCUGAGCCAAUAAUAAUCGAUUUGUCUCCAGCAUCUACAGUUUCAACAUCCACGCGGAAAUCAGUAGAAACACAGCAAUCAACCAGUCAAAGACCAGUAAUUAGUAGUUUGACACCCGUGCAAGUGACUUGGAAACCAGUUACAACCACUAGUACCAGAAGAAGCGUGGAAAUAAGCACGGCUUCUCCUUCGACCACGGCUAAAACGACUUUGAUCAGCACCACUAAAGCUCCUGUAUCUGUUAAAGCUAAAUUAGCAACCACUCCUCGACCUAGAACCACCACUCAGGCGCCAUUAGGCUUUGGUGGUCUUCUGUGGCAGGCUCUCCUCGGUGGAGGUUUAUUCGGAUCAUCGACAACUCCGAAGCCCGUAAAAGCUAAACCGGUGCCAAAAACCACGCAAAAAUCGAUUAAUAUUAUGCCGAAACCAAUCCAAACCACGCAAAAGUUAGAAACGACAACAAUUUCCUCUAGUACGACUCUGAAAACUGUGGACAUUUCGAAAAUUCAAGUAAACAGUCCAUAUUCAAUUGUACAGGAAAAGUCAGUGACCACGCCGUUUACAAUCUCGACCACCGAUCAACCAUUGAUUAAUAAUCCAAAUCCGAGGUUGCCUGGUGUGGUGACGUCGACCUAUUCUCCCGAAGAAGAUGCAAAGUUCAUAGUUGAGCUUCUGCGAGCUGUUGAACAGGAUAAUAAAACUGGUUCGAAGAAGGUGCCAGGAUUAACUCAGGAUGAUCAAUCUUUUUUAAGAGCGAUUUUAAGCGGUCGAACUUUAACAACAACAACUCCAUCACCGACGGUAGAAGUCAGUAACGCCGCUUUGUUGGCGGCAUUAUUGAAAGCUCAAGGUAUAGAACCACCAACUCCGGCCAAUAAUAUUAGAGAGCAACUCCAGUUAGCCAGUCUCGGGCAGAGCGUCACCUCUGCUCCGACCGCGUCCCCUGCUAGCGAGUCUUCGACAAUUACGACAAGGCCGGCAUCUACUGCUGCAACCCGACCAACGGAUACCACGAAAAAGACGGUGACACCGAGACCAACCUCAGGACCAAGGAUACGCACUACAACGUGGUCACCAAGCUCUACGUAUCCACCACCUCUCUUCAGUUCUUUCUCCAAUUACGGUACGCCGGCGCAGUCAGCCGGUGAUAAUUCUGGAAAUAGCGCAUUAUUUGGUGCUACCAGAGCAUUCAGUCAAUUUCUCGGUGCUGCGAUAAGCGGAGCUGCGCAACAGUUGCAGUCACUGGUCAGAAAUGGUACUAGAAUCGUGUCCGAAGUGGUAGGGUAAAGCUUACGAAAAGGAAAGAAAUUUAA